AUGUCAUCAGAAAGUGAAGAUGUUUUCAAGGAAAUAUUCCCGAAAUUAAUGAACACCAUUAGAGCUGCUAGUUCAUUGGGAGCACAGGAUGUCAAUUUCUAUAAAACAGUGGACAAGGAUUUAGGUCAACAAAUUGAUGACCAAAGUCAAAGAUUGUUGAAUAUAAGUAAUGAUUUACUUAGAGCAGCCAUUGAUGACCCUAAUGAUUUUCAAGCUAUUGAAUAUGGUGAAGAAAACGUGACGGGUGAAGUAUCUUGGAAACCUGUAUCACGAAUAAUCGAUUCAAUUUUUGAUAAGAUUGAUUCUACUUUUGUUCAAGCAAAACGGAAAGCAAAAGGGAUCACCAAAGAUCAAGAAUUAGAAUACCUUGAUAAUGGUAAAACUUCUACCACAACAACAAUAAGUAAUGAAAAGGCAUCGAAAAUAGAAAAACCACAAUUAAAAUUUAAAGUCCCUAUUGAUAAUUCAGAAUCAGGACCUUUCAAACCAAAACUUUCAUCCAAACCUCAUGCAUUAGUACCAUUCAAUGAUUCUUUGAUUAAUCCAGAACCGGUUUAUGAGGACUCAAUUGAGAUUAUUGAUCCUCCAUUUUAUGCCCAACCUUAUGAAUAUGAAAUUGAUAAUCAACCUUAUCCUGAUGCCAUACUAGCUAAAUCUGAUCCUAUUCCACCAAAAGAUUGGUCUACCACCAAGGCCAUAUGGGUAGACACCGUGGAAGAGUUACAAAAAAUGGUACAAGAAUUGAAAAAACUGACUGAAAUUGCGGUUGAUUUGGAACAUCACGAUUAUCGAUCAUAUUAUGGUAUUGUAUGUUUAAUGCAAAUUUCCAAUCGUGAACAAGAUUGGAUUAUUGAUACUCUUGCCUUACGUGAUGACUUGACCGUAUUGAAUGAAGUAUUUGCCGACCCUGAUAUUGUUAAAGUAUUCCAUGGAGCAUUUAUGGAUAUAAUAUGGUUACAAAGAGAUUUGGGGUUAUAUGUUGUUUCAUUAUUUGACACUUUUCAUGCUUCAAGAGCACUUGGAUUUCCAAGAUUCUCCUUGGCAUAUUUAUUAGAAGUGUAUGCUCAUUUCAAAACAUCUAAACAAUAUCAAUUAGCAGAUUGGAGAAUUAGACCUUUAUCACCACCAAUGUUGGCAUAUGCAAGAUCAGAUACCCAUUUUUUGUUAUUCAUAUAUGAUCAAUUGAAAAAUAAAUUGAUUGACGCAGAGAAAUUAUCUCAAGUAUUGUAUGACUCACGACAAGUUGCUAAGAGAAGGUUUGAAUACACGAAAUAUAGACCUAUGGCUAAUACAUUUUCCAACAAAGUUACAUGUCCAGUAAUGGCAUUCAAUCCAAAGGAACCAUGGGGAUCUAUUGUAUCACAAUACAAUGUUCCUCAUUUCAAGCGUCCAGUGGUUGAAGUUUUGUAUAAAUGGAGAGAUUUGAUGGCUAAAAAACAAGAUGAAUCCGUGAGGUAUAUCAUGCCUAAUCAAUUGCUUGUUAGUUUAGCUAACUUGGAAUCACCAGUGGAUUUGAAUAAAGUGCUCAAUGUUUCUUAUCGUAUUUCUGAUGCAGUUAGAAUCAAUGCGAAAGAAUUAGCAAACUUGAUUGAAAAAACCUUAAAAGAAACUGAAGCUAAUGAUUGGGACUUGGUUGAUCAAUGGAACAAACAACAAAGUGAAGAACAAGAUGACAACUCCAUUGACGCUGCAAGUGUAGCUAAUGAGUUUGAUAGAUUGCUUACAAAUACUACCCAAGUGUUUGAAACAUCUACAUUGUUGACUAAAGAAUCCAAGGCAUUUGGGAAUAUAUAUCACAACAAAGCAUUGUUCACUUUGGAAUUUAGAGAUGAAAAAGUUUUUAAGCAUAAUUUUAAUGAUGUGUCAAAGAAGAGAUUUGAAGCUACAUGGAAAGAAUUGACAGCUGCCACUGAUUUGGCUAUCACUAUCCCUAUAAGUGAUAUCGAAGAUAUAGACGAAGCAGAGGAGGAAGAAGAUGAACAAUCUGAAGAAGACGCUUCUGAAAGUACUCCACAGGCUUCUGACGAAGCUCCUAAAAUUUCAGGACAAGCUGCUUUGUUCAAUAAUGAUAAGGAGAUUAAUCCAAAUGAACUUAUAACCCUUCGAAAACGGAACGUUCGACCAAAUAAAAAGAAUAAUAACAACAACAAAAAGGUUCCACAAGAAGAUCAAAAGGAGAUUGACUAUGCUAAUGCUGACAAGAUAUUAUUGAAAGAUAUAAAAAAGAAAAAUGAUAGAAAGAGACGUGGAUUUGACCCGUAUAGUAGAGAUAGUGAAGGUCCAAAACCUGCUAAAAGGGCCAAGGCCAUGACAUCUGGAAGAACUUCCACGUAUAAGAAGAAAAUGAAUAAAUAUAAAUAA